AUGAUCAGCCCAGCGCUGGUCGACGGCGCAUGCGCGCUCUUCACGCCCUCAAUGGCGUCUAAUCAAUGUUGCUGGGAGUCAGACGCCCAGCAGAUGUCUCCAUCCUCUACAGGUGUGCCUACAGGUGUGCCUUCAGGGGGUCGCAGCGAAGCGAAACGCCCCAGAAUUUAUGAACCCUUCAGCCUGCUAUCAUACUUCGGGGACCAGCUAUCAUACUUCGGGGACCAGCUAUCAUACUUCGGGGACCAGCUAUCAUACUUCGGGGACCAGAAAUCAUACGUCGGGGACCAGCUAUCAUACUUCGGGGACCAGCUAUCAUACUUCGGGGACCAGCUAUCAUACUUCGGGGACCAGCUAUCAUACUUCGGGGACCAGCUAUCAUACUUCGGGGACCAGCUAUCAUACUUCGGGGACCAGCUAUCAUACUUCGGGACCAGCUAUCAUACUUCGGGGACCAGCUAUCAUACUUCGGGACCAGCUAUCAUACUUCGGGGACCAGCUAUCAUACUUCGGGACCAGCUAUCAUACUUCGGGGACCAGCUAUCAUACUUCGGGGACCAGCUAUCAUACUUCGGGGACCAGCUAUCAUACUUCGGGGACCAGCUAUCAUACUUCGGGGACCAGCUAUCAUACUUCGGGGACCAGCUAUCAUACUUCGGGGACCAGCUAUCAUACUUCGGGGACCAGCUAUCAUACUUCGGGGACCAGCUAUCAUACUUCGGGGACCAGCUAUCAUACUUCGGGGACCAGCUAUCAUACUUCGGGGACCAGCUAUCAUACUUCGGGGACCAGCUAUCAUACUUCGGGGACCAGCUAUCAUACUUCGGGGACCAGCUAUCAUACUUCGGGACCAGCUAUCAUACUUCGGGGACCAGCUAUCAUACUUCGGGGACCAGCUAUCAUACUUCGGGGACCAGCUAUCAUACUUCGGGGACCAGCUAUCAUACUUCGGGGACCAGCUAUCAUACUUCGGGGACCAGCUAUCAUACUUCGGGGACCAGCUAUCAUACUUCGGGGACCAGCUAUCAUACUUCGGGGACCAGCUAUCAUACUUCGGGGACCAGCUAUCAUACUUCGGGGACCAGCUAUCAUACUUCGAUUCUGAUAAAUCCAGAAUCAGAUAAAUCAGAUUCUGAUAAAUCCAAAAUCAGCUAA